AUGCUCGCGUUGACGCUGCGACACACGGCGCGAACGGCCGCGCGAACGGGAGCGCGACGACCGCACCAGCUCCAGCUCGCGGCGGCUCUGUCGACGCCGUCGGAGCAGAUGGAGGUGAAGCUCAAGGCGGAGCUGGGCGCCGUGGAGGUCGCCGUCGAGGACGUCUCCGGCGGCUGCGGGGCCAUGUACAAGUGCUACAUCGAGUCGCCCCGGUUCGCGGGCCUGAACACGAUCAAGCAGCACAAGCUCGUGCAGGGCGUGCUCAAGGACGAGAUCGCGGACAUGCACGGGUUCCAGCUCAAGACCGCGCUGCCGAAGUAG